AUGGUGCUACGAAUGCGUGACAUGAUGUACGAGAACCCGGUCGACCAUUUCCUCUCGCUGCUGAUCGACCUGAUGAUCUUUUUUGUCAAAUCCAUCUACUAUACACUGGAAACGAUCGCCCUCACGUUGACACCGUACCGAUUUCGGAAGCUGAAGGAUGUCGCUGGCCAAGUCGUGCUGAUAACUGGAGGUGGAGGAGGUGUAGGCCGCCAAGUGGCCCUGAACUUUGCGCGCCUACGGGCCCGGGUCGUCAUCUGGGACAUCAAUAAAGACGCACUGAAGGGCACAGCCGAUGCCCUGGAGGCCGAGGGCUACCGCUGCCGAACGUAUCUGGUGGACAUAUCGGAGCGCGAGCAAGUGUACGAGGCAGCCAAGAAGGUACAGCAGGAGGUGGGACCCGUCGGGGUGCUUAUCAACAAUGCCGGAAUCGUGGCCUGCCGUCCGCUGUGGGAGCUCUCGGAUAAGGCGAUCGAGAGUACCUAUGCCGUCAACAUUUUGUCACACUAUUGGACCACCCGAGCCUUUCUGCCGGAAAUGAUGAAAGCAAACAGCGGCCACAUCGUCACCGUAGGCUCGGUUGCUGGUUUGCUCGGCACGUACGGGUGUACGGACUACAGUGCAACGAAGUUCGCCUGCGUCGGGUUCCAUGAAGCCCUUUACACGGAACUGAAGACUCACGGCUACGAUGGCAUACACCUGACGCUCGUUUGUCCUUACUACAUCAACACGGGAAUGUUUGCCGGGUGCAAGCCGCGCCUUCUGCCGAUGCUGGAACCGACGCACGUCGCCGAUAGUAUGGUGCGAUCGAUACUUAAGAACGAAGUAACCUGCACACUACCGGACCAUGUGCGCAUGUUUCUGCCGUUGAAAUGUCUGCUGCCCGCCAAGAUGUGCUGGGAACUGAUGUACCGAGUGAUGAAGGGACCGGAAACGAUGAUGGGAUUCCGUGGCCGGGGCAAAGCGACAAGCGGCUAA